UGCCGCCAGGAGGCAGUGAUCAGCACUCGAAACUUUAGGUUUCACUGUCAUCAAAACCCGGAAAAGGAGGAACGAGACAGGACUUCGCUUCUUUUAAACGAUUUUUCCUACUUAAAUUGAACAAUUGUAUUCACUUUUGCUGCGAAACGAACAAGCUGACACGUCCACACACAACCCCGAAACAGUUGUGUGUGUUUUUUCCCUGAAAAUAUUUGUUUAUUUUGGUAUUAUCUAAAACGAAAAUUAAACGCUUCUCGGGGCCCGACGAGUUGUAACUCCAACAUGGACGUGGACAUGGAAGCAGGAGAGGAAAUGCCGGAGGAGCCUCUACAGCAGGAGCUUAGUUGCCCCGUGUGUACCCGUCUCUACGAGGACCCCUGCCUGCUGCCGUGCACCCACAGCCUCUGUACUACAUUUAGUGGACUCAGCUGUACUUUGUGUUGGCAGCUGCGUUUGUUGACUUCAUCCUUUAUUCUUUCCGUGCUACAGAAGGAGCUCAACUACAAGGUUGAUAUCCUUGAAAAGAAGAUGGACUCGUACAAGAAAAUGACUCAGAGACUCAAAAGUACAGUGGAAUACAUCAAGGCUCAAGCUGGGCAAGCCGAGAAACAAAUCAAGACAGAAUUUGAGAGGCUCCACCAAGUUCUGGUUGCAGAAGAAAAUAGGCGUUUGCAUCUUCUUGCAACUGAAGAGGGGCAAAAAGUUGCAAAAAUCGAGACGCUGAUCUCCAGGACAAAAGAGGACAUUCUCUCUUUGGACAAGGUCAUCCAAUCGGUGAAGAAGGAAAUGGGUGAUGAGGACCUGACUCUGUUGCUGAAUUUCAAGGAGCUUAAAAAAAGAGCCCAGUGGGUUCAUGUAGACCCCCGCCUUCCUGACGAUUCUCUUUUGAACAUGGGCAAACAUGUUGGUUCUUUGAACUUCAAGAUCUGGAGAGAUUUGCAGUCCAGUGUCAAAUACAAUCCAGUAGUGCUGGACCCUAACACAGCAUGUCCGUGGCUGAGCCUGAGCGAUGAUCUGACCAGUAUGAAAGAGAACACUGCGCGGUUGACCGUUCCUGACAACCCAGAGCGAUUUGAUCCCUGCGUCUUUGUCCUUGGUGCUGAAGGUUAUGUGUCCGGCAAACACAAAUGGGAGGUUUUGGUUGGCGACAACCCAAAGUGGAUGGUGGGAGUAUGCAAAGAGUCGGUGGCCCGGAAAAAGAAAUUCACAGUGUCCACAAACCGGGGUGUUUGGUCCGUGUGCCACAGCAAAGGGGUCUACACUGCGUCCACACCGGAGCGCACCGAGUUGCAGUUGCAGUCACGUCCCAAAAGGAUUCGCGUCAAGUUAAACAUAGAUAAAGGAGAGGUGUCAUUUUGGGAUGGAGAGAAUGAUAAACACCUUAUCACUUUCACACACAAAUUCAAUGAAAAACUCUUUCCUAUUUUUGGCCCUGGGCUCCACAGUGAACCAAUGAUACUGCUUGAAGGGAAAUACAGCUGUGGCCAUAUCAUGAAAGACCAGCACAGAGACUAGAGGAUUUCUUAAAUCUGCAGUGAACAUUUAAUUAGGCCAUAUCCUAACAUAACAAAGGCGUGUUAAGAGAAGCUCGUGUUAAAUCAGUGGUUGCCAAACUUUUUCUGCUGUGCCCCCUUUUUUGUUCAUAAGACAUUUCUGCCCCCACCAGGAUUAAAGACCUGCGUAGAGAGGUGACAGUUCCCAACAAGAAGUCUGGGGGGAAAAAGGAUAAAAUUAAGAUUUGUAUAUGUCUUUUGUUUUGUUUUGUUUUUUGUUCUUGCAUUUCAAAAAAGUAUUCACAGCCAAAAUUAAAAUAUACAGAAAUUAUUUUUGAUAGUAAAAGGACUUUGUCUUUGCCAUGUACCAGUUCACCUGAUACAGAGACAGCAAAGGUGUUCAAAAAUAUAAAGUCUGUCAAAAAAA